CUCCCGCCGACUUUGAACUUUGAGCCUCUCGUAGUCCCGAUGACCGGUUUAUGACUCUCGGGGCUGCGGGCUUUGUGGGCGGGUUCCGUCGGGACGCAUCAGCACGGUGUGAGGUCCACGGUUCUGAGCGACAGGUUUAUUGUUCUGUCCAGAGAUUGAAAUGGCUUCCAGAGGAAAGACGGAGACAAGCAAAUUAAAGCAGAACUUGGAAGAACAGCUGGACCGACUGAUGCAGCAGUUGCAGGAUCUGGAGGAGUGCAGGGAGGAGCUUGACACAGAUGAAUAUGAGGAAACCAAAAAGGAAACUCUGGAGCAGCUAAGUGAAUUUAAUGAUUCACUGAAGAAAAUUAUGUCUGGAAACAUGACUUUGGUUGAUGAACUAAGCGGGAUGCAGCUGGCUAUUCAGGCGGCCAUCAGCCAGGCCUUCAAAACUCCAGAGGUCAUCAGAUUGUUUGCAAAGAAACAGCCGGGUCAGCUUCGGACGAGGUUAGCAGAGAUGGACAGAGAUCUGAUGGUGGGAAAACUGGAGAGAGACCUGUAUACGCAACAGAAAGUGGAGAUCCUGACCGCUCUCAGGAAACUCGGAGAGAAGCUCACUGCCGAGGACGAGGCCUUCUUGUCAGCCAACGCAAGCGCGCUGCUCAGCCAGUUUGAGAGAGUCUCUGCGGACCUGGGAUCUGGAGAUAAAGUCCUUGCUUUGGCAAGUUUUGAAGUUGAAAAAAACAAAAAGUGACCAGCACGGAAGCCCGUGACAUUCUUCCGUCUCACUCUGUUUUCUUCCUGAGAAUAUUGAGUCAUUGAAAGCAAUAGAUUCCCAGCGUGCAUUAAUAGCCUAGGAAAGCGUGACAUAAAAACACCCUUUGACCUCUG